GCAAAACUUAGCAGUAGUAAAAGAAGAUCUCCCCGGAUUAUUAGAGCGGAUAAGUGAAAAUAAAAAUAAAUAUGAAAUUAGUUAUUUUCUGUGUUAUCCUAUCGGUGGCCUUGGCCGAAUAUCCAUCCAAUCUGCCGAAAUGUUCCCAGAAUGAUGAGCCAUGUCAUACAAAGGCUGGUCAAACAUUCGUUGAUAACUACUCGGGUGGUCUUAAGGACAUACAUCUAUUACCAUUCGAUCCGUUUCAUAUUAAAAGCAUGGGCUUGAAAAGGGAUCCCACAAGUCCAGUCAAUAUCGAGCUAGAAUUUACGGAUAUGGAUAUGUUUGGCAUGAAAACAAUGAAAGUAUUAUCAGCCAAAAUCUUAGAUUUUGGUUCCCGCUCGGAGUUAGAGGGUUUAAUACCUUCAUUGACUUUAAAGGGACACUACAGCAUUGAUGGCAGAGUUCUAGUGUUACCCAUAGUUGGCGAAGGUGAUUCGGAAAUUAAGUGUAAAAAUACCUAUUUCAAGUAUUCAUAUGACAUGAAACCCGUGGAAAAAAAUGGCAAGAAAUAUGCCAGCUUAGAACAUGUUAAACUGGAAAUUAAACCCGAACUUGUCCAAUUCCAUUUUGAGAAUCUUUUCAGAGGUGAUAAAAACCUGGGUGAUAACAUGAAUAAAUUCCUGAAUGAAAACUGGAAUGAUAUAUUCCAAGAAAUUAAACCACGAUUCGCUAAGGCCCUCAGUCUAGAGGUGAAAGCUUUACUAAAUACAUUCUAUAGCAAAUAUCCAUACGAAGAGUAUUUCCAAUAAGUAUUAUUGAUAAAGUAUUUGAAAAGAAACAUACACUACUACAAACCUAAUGUAUACAUGUAUAUAUGUAGCUUAAAUAAAUUAAAAAUAUAUGUUGAUAAGUUUAAA